CACGCUAAGUGUGCCGGGUUCACGGCCUCAGUUUCGGAUGCAAUCUCACGUAGGUCUGCGAGCCCACCAUUGAAGCAGAUUUUUGUUUCCCCGCUUGCCUCUGGUACUUCUGAGAUUGAUAUCUCG